AUGCUACGUGUAACGACCUUGGCACUUCCACGUGCUUCUCCUCCCUCACAGAUCCUCAGGAGGCAGUUGACCAUAUCUUCUUUGACAAGCUUCCAACCGACAACCAAGACACAAGUCGUGGUCAUCGGCGCUGGACAUGCAGGCUGCGAAGCUGCAGCUGCGUCAUCCAGGACUGGUGCGCACACUACACUUAUUACACCAUCGUUAACAGAUAUUGGUAAGUGUUCCUGCAACCCCUCCAUUGGUGGAGUAGGUAAGGGUAUUCUCGUGAAGGAAAUCGAUGCUCUCGAUGGGCUGAUGGGCAAAGUCACUGAUCUCGCUGGGAUCCAGUUCAAGAUGCUUAACAGAAGCAAGGGUCCUGCGGUGUGGGGGCCCAGGGCCCAGAUAGACAGAGAGUUAUAUAAGACUUAUAUGCAGAGGGAGCUCCUUGACAAGAAAACACACCCAAACUUGUCCCUGCUUCAGAAUAAGGUAGCUGACUUAAUCCUGUACGAUCCCGGAAAUGGCUCCAAGGCCGUCAAAGGUGUGGUACUGGAUGACGGUACCCAGGUUGGAGCAGACCAGGUCAUAAUCACUACGGGUACGUUUCUCAGUGCAGAAAUUCACAUCGGCGAUAAGCGUAUUCCAGCUGGAAGAAUCGGCGAACAGCCAACAUAUGGGAUCAGCAAUACUCUACAAAAUGAGGCAGGCUUCCAGUUAGGACGUUUGAAAACAGGCACUCCGGCCAGGUUGGCCAAGGAAUCCAUUGAUUUCAGCGCUCUGGAGGUCCAGAAGGGCGAUGACUUGCCCGUCCCCAUGAGUUUUCUGAAUGAAACGGUAUCGGUUGAACCCACAAAACAACUGGAUUGCUUUGGCACCCAUACGACACCUCAGAUGCACGACUUUUUGCGCAACAACUUGCAUCAGUCCAUUCACAUUCAGGAUACUACAGUCAAGGGCCCGCGCUACUGUCCCUCCAUCGAGGCCAAGAUUCUAAGGUUCCCUGAUAGGCCUACCCAUAAAAUAUGGCUGGAACCAGAAGGUUUCACCUCCAGCGUCAUUUAUCCGAACGGGAUAUCCAAUUCCAUGCCUGAGGAUGUCCAGCUACAAAUGAUGAGGCUCAUCCCCGGCAUGGAGAAUGUCAAGAUCUUGCAGCCUGCAUAUGGUGUGGAAUACGAUUAUGUGGACCCAAGGCAGCUAAAACCUAGUUUGGAAACGAAACUGGUGGAUGGACUGUUCUUGGCCGGACAAAUCAAUGGUACUACGGGCUACGAAGAAGCCGCUGCGCAGGGAAUCAUCGCAGGUAUCAACGCAGGAUUACUAUCGCGCCCACAACGAGAGCAAUUGGUCCUGCAAAGAUCCCAAGCAUACAUUGGCGUGCUCAUUGACGAUCUAAUCAACAAUGGUGUCAUUGAACCAUAUAGAAUGUUUACUUCCAGAUCAGAAUUCAGAAUUAGCGUAAGAGCUGACAAUGCAGAUUUUAGACUGACGCCCAUUGGUGCUCAACUGGGAAUCAUUUCUCCUGCUCGUCUAAGCCAAUAUUCCAGAGACCAGCGAUUAUAUGAUGAAACAAUACGUGCGCUGCAAAAUUUCAAGCUAAGCUCUCAAAAAUGGUCUACUCUACUGCGGGCCAAUAUCGCACCACAGGCUGAAAACAGAUCUGCAUGGGAAAUAUUCAGAUUCAAAGGUAUGGAUCUAUAUAAACUGUACGAUUGUAUUCCCGCCUUACCCAUUGAUGUCCCGGACAUCCCAGUGCACGUUAUCACCAAGAUCAACAUCCAAGGUAAAUACGAACCUUACAUUGUCAAACAGAACCAGUUUGUGAAGGCAUUCCAAGCAGACGAAAAUAUGUUAUUGCCGCAGGACUACGAUUACUCUCAGUUGCCCACGCUUUCCACUGAAUGCAAAUUACUCUUGAAUCGCGUACAGCCAUUGACCAUAGGCCAGGCAAGACGGAUUCAAGGUAUCACUGCAGCAGCCCUAUUUGAACUCUACCGUGUGGCUCGGAAUCCAGUCCCACCAGUCAUGUAA